AUGCGGCGUGGGGUAAAUGGGAAGUGGGGGUGUAUUAAAAAAAUGAUGAAAACAGCUGUAUCUGUUCUGCAAGAGAUGAUGGUGAAGUCCGGACAGGUUCCGGAAUAUGAGUGCGUUUCACAGUCUGGACCAAAUCAUCGGGCUAUGUUUAAGUAUCGCUGCAGUUGCAACAAAUUGUCUGUGACUGCUUCGGCCCGUUCAAAAAAGGAGGCAAAGCAAGAAGUGGCUCGACGUAUGCUUGCAGAGCUAUUUAUUCACGGAACUCCGGUACCUGCACCUUAUGCACGCCCACCUUCUCCACGAUCACCAUCUCCAGAUGUUCCAGAACCACCUGAAACUAAAGCAUUGCCCUCCACAGGUGUGGCACCUAGUACUUCAACAGUUCAGCCAGACAUCCGUAGCUAUGUGGCACUAUUGAAGGAGUUGUGUGAACAAUAUGUCAUGGGUGCUCCACAAUAUGAGCUCAUUGGGGACGCCGGGCUACCUCACCAGCGCCAAUUUACCAUGAGUGUGCGGCUAGGAAAACAUGAGCGAGUUGCAUCAGCUUCCACUAAGAAAACAGCGAAGCAACUUGCUGCUGAACAGCUGUACAAAUACCUUAGGACAAAUCUUACUAGGCUGACGCAGGACUUCGUAGAGGAAGAUGCUCUGCUUCGAGCCCAUGAAAAAGCGAUGGAGCGUUAUGUGGAAGAGAAAUCAGAAACUAUUUUUAGACCACCACUUAAUCAAAAGAUUGCUGAUUAUCACUUAGGUCUGUUUAUGCAUAUAGACAAAGACAAGUUAAAUUUAGGAAAAGAAGCUUUAGAAGCAACAACUUAUAUUGAAGAUCCAGUCAACACGUUAGUCAGCGUAUGCGCAACCAUGGACUUGGACGUGAAGUCCCAACAAGUACAGGGUGAUCUGUGGAUUGUUAACGUUACACCGAGCGCACCGCCCAUCUCGACGGCAGGAGUUGACAGAAAUGAAGCACAUGCCUCCGCCCUUCGUUAUCUGCGGCGUGUUCUUGAACGAACCCAUCUUUAUGAUGCUGAGAAGGAUUCGUCUUUACUUGAACUAUAG